AUGAUGCUUGCUGUCCUCGCUGUCCUCUUGGUGUCCACUGCGGUGGCAGCAGCGUCCUCCCAUCCCCACCCGCUCGACCCACCCUCUGCCGCAGAGCUCACGGCUGUCCGCGCAGCCGUGCUUGCCUCUCCGCUCGUCCCCGCCCGCCCGCUCUAUUUCCACUACGUCGGCCUCGACGAGCCCGAGAAGCCGGAGGUCCUCUCCUACGCCUCCGGCGCCGGCGCCGGCGCCUCCACGGCCCCUCCUCCCGCGGCGCGCGCUCGUCAUCGCUCGAGCCGAUGGCCAGUCCCACGAGCUCUUCGUCGACGUCACCGACGCCUCCGCGCCGUCCGUCCUCUCGCACGCCGUCCACCGCGGCGCGGGCUUCCCGAUGAUGACGACGGAGGACCAGGUCGCGGCAAUGGCGCUGCCGCCCGCGCACCCUCCCUUCGUGGACUCCGUGCGGCGGCGCGGGCUGAACGUCAGCGACGUCGGCUGCGGGGUGAUCUCCAGGGGGUGGUUCGGCGCCGCCCAGCCGUCCUACGGCGGCGGCAGGGUGGCGAUGGCGAAGAUGCAGUGCUUCGUGACCGCCGGGUCGACCAACUUCUACGCGCGGCCGCUGGAGGGCGUGACGCUGGUGGUGGACGCGUGGCCAUCGUCGGGUACCGGGACAGGGUGGUGGAGCCGGUGCCCAAGGCCGAGGGCACGGACUACCGGGCGGAGAAGCUCGGCCCGCCCUUCACCGGGCCGGCCACGGCGCCCGGCGUGGUCGUGCAGCCGGAGGGCAGCGGAUUCCACAUUGAUGGCCGUGUUGUCAGGUACAGUGUCACAUCAACCGCUGUUCGUGAUAGGAUCAUUGUUGAUGAAUGGACAGAGCCCACACCGUUGGUGAUCUACAUGUUCCUGCUCUAUUAUUAUUGUUAUUUGUUGAGGAUACAUGCCAAGACGACUGACUCGGUAACUGCAGGAGCGCGGACAGGGUCCAGCGUGCGUGGUCACCACGUUCUCCAUCAGCACGCGUCGUGUGUAGACUAG